AUGUCCGCCUCGGUGGGGCCCCAGGGUGGCCCUCGCCCACCCACCGCGACGCCAAACAUGCCGGACCUGCCGGACCUCAGCCAUCUGACCGAGGAGGAGAGGAAGAUCAUUAUGGCAGUGAUGGCUCGGCAAAAGGAGGAAGAGGAUAAAGAACAAGCCAUGCUAAAAACACUGCACCAGCAGUUUGAGAGCUACAAACAGGAGGUGCGUCGCAUCGGGGCGGACACGCGGCGCCAGCAGACGCAGCUGAAGGACGACGCGCCCACCUGCGGUAUCUGCCGCAAGACCAAGUUUGCCGACGGCUGCGGCCACCUCUGCUCCUACUGCCAGACCAAGUUCUGCGCUCGGUGUGGAGGGCGGGUCUCUCUGCGCUCCAACAAUGAGGACAAAGUGGUUAUGUGGGUAUGCAACCUGUGCCGUAAACAGCAAGAGAUUCUCACCAAAUCAGGAGAAUGGUUUUCGGGGUCAGGGGUGCGGCCUGGGAGCCUGGGCAGCUCCUUGGACAUCCCAGCCACUGGAGGUGAGGCCCAACGGGACAGGAAGCUACUCCGCUCCAGGUCCCAAGCCCCGCCGUCCUGCACCAACUCCAACGCAGGUCAGCCGGACGGGACGCAGCUGCCUGCUGGUGUCACAGCUGCCAAAGGUGCUGACACCAUGUCCGGCUCCCGUUCCCAAAGCGAACCACCCAGAGAAAAGAAAAGGCCAGUUUCCCUCCAUGAACAAAAUGGCAAAGGAGGCAUGGGGCGAGGGAGUGGACGGAGACCUGGGGGGAAGUUGUCCUCUCAGUCGUCUCUGGAUGAGCGAGUGGUUCCUGGGGAAAGAGGUGACAGACGCUUAGGAGAUGUACGGAGGCUAGAAAAGAUCCAUUCUCAGGACUACGAGGACGGGGAGGGGAACUUGGGUCGUUCAGAGUCACACCGGAGACGCCCAGAGGACGAUGAGCAGAGGGAGCGACAGCGACGAGAGGAGGAGUUCCAAAACCGUUACCGUAGCGAUCCCAACCUGGCCCGGUACCCUGUGAAACCACAGAAGGAGGAGCAGGAGAUGCGCAUGCACGCUAAGGUGUCCAAGGUCCGCCAUGAACGAAGACACAGUGAUUUGGCCAUCAACGAGGUUGGACUGGGACCUGGGGAAGGUGGAAGUGGACGAGGGGAGGUGCCUGAGAACCGUCUGGCCAGAAGGGGUGGGGGUGGGGAGGGAGACAAGGCCUUCCUGGAGAACCACCGAGCUUACUCUGUGGAUAGGACUGUGGGGGUUGGAGGGGGAAAUCCACCUGCAGGAGGUGGGGUGAGAUCAGGACCCCAACCUGGGGGACCGGUGCCUUCAGAUUGGGGCCCGAACAAAGGCCACUUAGAGCCCGGUACAACACGGACACCGAGGGAUAAGGGUGGGGAUAACCUGCUGAGGAAGGACUCUCAGAGUUCGGACCAGUCGGAGUCUUUGCGGCCGCCCCCUCCACGGUCAUACAAGAGCAAGCGCGGAGUCAACAAGAGGCAGAUGUCCAUCAGCAGCUCAGAGGAGGAAGGCGGCUCCACGCCCGAGUACACCAGCUGUGAGGACGUGGACAUGGAAAGCGUCAGCGAGAAAGGUGACUGGGACUGUCAUUCUCUAGAUCCUACAGUGUGGCAUCAUCCAGUUACAUGGCAGCCAUCCAAAGAGGGUGACCACCUGAUUGGACGCAUCACGCUUAGCAAGAGAUCGGCAAUGCCCCGUGAGGCUGGCUCUCUCCUCGGCCUAAAAGUGGUGGGAGGGAAGAUGACAGAGAUGGGGAGACUUGGGGCCUUCAUCACCAAAGUCAAGAAAGGCAGCCUUGCAGAUGUGGUUGGACACCUACGAGCGGGUGACGAGGUGUUACAGUGGAACGGAAAGUCGUUGCCAGGAGCAACAAAGAAAGAAGUGUACAACAUUAUCCUUGAAUCGAAGGCUGAACCUCAAGUGGAAAUAGUUGUUUCAAGACCUAUAGGCUCUAUCAACCGAAUUAUGUCCAAAAACUUCUUGAGAAAAGUGUAUAGAGCAUAUCACGACAUCCCAAGAAUCCCAGAGUCCUCCCACCCUCCUCUAGAAUCUACAGGCUCCAGUUCCUUCGAGUCGCAAAAGAUGGACCGACCCUCUAUAUCAGUGAUGUCCCCGACCAGCCCGGGGACCCUCAGAGACCUUCCUGUUGUACUGCCUGGACAGCUUUCUGUAAAGCUGUGGUACGACAAAGUGGGCCAUCAAUUGAUCGUCAACGUCCUUCAAGCCAUAGACCUGCCAACCCGACCAGACGGACGGCCACGGAACCCCUAUGUCAAGAUGUACUUCCUGCCUGAUAGGAGCGAUAAGAGUAAACGGCGGACUAAAACAGUGAAGAAGAGCGCUGAACCCAAGUGGAACCAGACAUUCAUAUAUUCUCACGUUCACCGGAGGGACUUCAGAGAACGCAUGCUUGAGAUCACGGUCUGGGACCAACCCAGGGUCCAGGAGGAGGAGAGUGAAUUCAUGGGAGAGAUCCUGAUAGAGCUGGAGACGGCCCUGCUGGAUGACAUCGCUCAUUGGUACAAGCUUCAAACCCACGACAUGUCCUCGAUACCUCUGCCCCAGCCUUCCCCAUACCUCCCGCGCAGACACGUCCACGGAGACAGCCCCAGCAAGAAACUACAGAGGUCUCAUCGCAUCAUUGAUACAGAGUUUGAUGAUGGUUUGAUGGUAUUGACUAAAGGUGCAGAGCGUAACUCCAGGGAGAAAGAGCGGGGCAGUACACUGGCUGUGCCUGAGCAGCAGCGGCCCGUACAGCACCGCUCCCGCUCCGUGUCCCCUCACAGAGAGGACUCCUGCAGGGCCCGCUCACGGCCCGCACACGUGCCAAUGCAAAGGAGUCUGGAUGAGAUCCACCAGAACCGCCCCCACUCCCACUCCCCCUCUCGCUACCACGACUCCCACUUAGAGCACCAACGGUCCGGGGACUCGGACUACGAGUACUCUGAGGACAGUGAGGUCCUGGAGAUUCACAGGUCUAUCCGGGGCGGGAGUGCCGAGUGCCUGCACACAAACAGCGACCUGCAGCCGCCGUUGGACAGAGUGAGGAGUGCCAGCACCACAUGUCUGAGACCAGACAACAACUUUCACUCCCCUGACAGAGACAGGCAAUGUAACAACUCAUCAGGUCAAAACUGUCAAAGGGGCAGCAGAAAAAGUCUGGAAGGGGACAGAGCACACCCUCAUGGCAGCCCCUCCUCUCCAACGGGGACUCCCUCAUCAGGUCGCAGGGGCCGGCAGCUGCCUCAGCUCCCUGCCAAAAGCAGCAGCAUAGAGCAAGCCCUUGCAGUAGAGGAGCGAGCCCGACAGCUGCAGAUGAAAGUACAUUCCUACCGGCCUUCAGCCUCCCACGACCCCGAGACGGACCUCAAGACCAAACGGGAGAUGUACGCAGAGCAGAGGCGUAGCAGCGACAACAUGUCGGCCAGGUCGUCAGACAGCGAUAUGAGCGAUGCGUCGGCCCUCUCCCGUGCCAGCAGUGCCUCCCGCCUCAGUAGCACCAGCUACAUGUCUAUCCAAUCAGAACGACCCGGGGGGCGACUCAGUCGACAGCUGCGUUCGGUGGGCCGCAAGAUGCUGAAGAGCUCCAGUGUGAGCGGAGAGAUCUACACCCAGGAGCGCACCGAUGGCAGCCAAUCAGACACAGCGCUGGGCACGGUGGGUGGUGGCAGCAAGAAGAGACGCAACAGCCUCAGCGCGCGGGUGGUGGCCAUCGUCGGCAACCGCCGCAGCCGCAGCACUUCUCAGAUCAGCGGCCCUGAGGGGAAGAGUAAGAAGGAGAAGGGUGCACCCAUCCAAAGGAGCACAGAGACUGGCAUGGCAGUGGAGCUGACCCGGAAUAUGAGCCGCCAGCCCAGCAGAGAGUCCAACAACGGCAGCAUGAACAGCUGCAACUCGGAGGGGAAUUUGAUCUUCUCUGGAGUCAAUCUGGGAGCGAGCAGUCAGUUCAGUGACUUCCUGGACGGCCUGGGACCGGCCCAGUUAGUGGGGAGGCAAACACUGGCUACACCUGCAAUAGGUGACAUCCAGAUUGGCAUGAUGGAUAAGAAGGGUCAGCUGGAGGUGGAGGUUAUCAGAGCCCGAGGACUCGUACAAAAGCCAGGAUCAAAAUCCCUCCCUGCUCCAUACGUCAAGGUCUAUCUGCUGAACAAUGGAGCGUACGUAGCCAAAAAGAAAACCAAGAUUGCACGGAAAACACUUGACCCACUGUACCAGCAAGCACUGCUAUUUGAAGAGAGCCCACAGGGUAAAGUCCUACAGGUGAUUGUAUGGGGGGACUACGGCCGCAUGGAUCAUAAAAGCUUCAUGGGAGUUGCACAAAUCCUAUUGGAGGAACUGGACUUAUCAAGCACAGUGAUUGGCUGGUACAAGUUGUUCCCGCCCUCGUCCCUGGUGGAUCCGACUCUCGCCUCUCUGACGCGGCGGGCCUCGCAGUCGUCGCUCGACAGCUCCUCCGGACCUCCGGGGGUGCGAUCCUAGUGGACCAACAGCUCUACGCCGCACCACGAGUAACAAACUCACCACCCGUACUGUAGAGAGAAACAAAACAAAAAAAGAUGGCGGAAAUGUAGAACAACAACAAUCAGAAACAGUCACAACGAGAAAGCUUUGUUGAGAUCUGACAAUCACUCCUGUCGCGGUUCAUUUCGUCUGUUGUAGGGAGCAUUUCAAUUUCAUAUCCAUUCAGAAACUCUCAUGGUGUCUUCUCUGUUCGCUGGAGAAGCAGGGCUGUGCGCCGGCACCCCGAGAACGUGCGGAGAAUCAAAAGAAGCAGGGUGAUUUUUAACUGAAUCAACAAUAGCAAAGAAAUGUACGUAAGCAUCGGAAUGUAUGGACUCGAGACAGAGGUAAUCACCCUCCACACCUGCAGGGGGCGCAGUCCUCUGCAGGGGCCUCCUCCAGAACCCCAAACAGACUGCCGGCACUCCUGCCCCCCCCCAGGUAGGGUGCUCCCACUUGGGUAUCAGUCUGGAAGCACAGGGCCUUCUUCUGGUGCCUAGACCUCGGAGCCGCAUCAUUUGUCCCACCCCCAGUCCUCUUUUUAACUCUGUUUACCGCGGAUGCUCGGGAGCCGUCUGUUUCCGUGUGUUUGCUUUGUCGUUCAUUUCGUCCCCUUUGUUACGACCGGGCACAAAAUGUUUUUUCGGUACGUAAAAUGCUCAUGAUAAUGUUGUCAGUCUGGUGUGUGCAUGGAGAGAAAAAACUAAACACAAGACAUAAAAAAUAGCUAUUAAAUGUCUGCAAGUGUUAUGCUGGGGGGGCUGGUGAUGGUGACACCGCUUAGACUUUUACACUUGACCGUGAGAUUAGCGUUGUUUUCCUUGUUCCACCGCUGGCUCACGUCCAGGCCAGUCGUGUUUGUAUAGAUGUAUAUUAGGCCUCCUAGGAGGUUGACCAAUAAAUAAAAAUGUGUCACUUUGAAAUAUCACAAGGGUUCAACAUCACUGUAAAAAAAAUGUUAAAAAAGCGAGAGCAAAAUAGGACCGUCUAAUUUUUUCACAUUCUUUGGGGAGGUCUACCCUCGCCCCAGCACGGUUUUAUCCAACCUUUAGUUUACAUUAUUUUGAGAUUUAAACACAAGCACAAGAGCUUGAUUUUUUUACAACAAAAAGUUUAACUUUUUGAAAAAAACACGUAGUUAAAAAAAGAAAAAAAGAAACGUCACUGGUUCCAUCCGCUUCUUUUGUCCAGUUGUUCGGAAACAGAGCGACUGACAGGAGAAGAUCACAGUUUCCCUUUGUCCGUCUCUGUGAAUGUGAAAGUAACCAAUCAGAACGGUCCGUCGGGACGCCAACACCAACGCUCAUCCUCCUUUCGGCCUGCAGACUCCUCCCACUGGGAAAUAGAGGGGGCGGGGCCAGCAUGACUUUGGAGCCAGUUCCAAGUUGCAUGCACAUUUUUGUAAAACAAAAACAGAUACAGAAAAAAGAAGCUGAACUAGAUACGUGUUAGUUCCACAUACUGUAGGGCCGCUUGUAUGUUGCAUGCAGUUGUACAGUUUGCUCGUACUUGAAUAUUAAAGAGAUCAAACUAAGAAACCGAAGCCAUUCCCAUUACGCAAAGAACUGCAGUCCACACCCCUCAGUCCGGUGCUGAAUGUCUCUCAAACUUUAAGAUUACGUUGAUGUCGUUCCUCCGCCCUCUGGAAGAUGAACUGAGCACACCUCGCAGCCCCUCCCUCUCAUAGUAUACCUCCAAGGGGCUGACAUGAUAAAUAUGUACAAAUCAGAUCUAUGGAAAUAUGAAUUAUGUUUCAACAUAAGGAUUUCAGAUAUGCUAACACAUGUUAAGUUAUAUAAAGAAUACAGAUGCACAGAGAGUCAUAUAGUGUAAAUACUCCACAGCCAUACAGUGGGUUUUCAUGGGGGUCCGAGACCUGCAGAGGGGCUUCUAAUGAGGGGAUUCAAACUGAACACUCUUUGUGCUUCAAACCCAACGUCUGAUCCAACCCGGCCGUCUUCCCCUCAGAACGGUUCAUUUUUUUCUUCCCAUCGUCCGGUGAAGCUGGUUUUUCCUUUCUUUUUUCUUUGUCAGUAUUAACGGGAAAAAAAAUCGCUGAUUGUUUACAACUUCUGUGUUCCACUGAAACAAAAACAAAAUUAGAAAAAAAGUAAAGCAUUCACUGCAACAUUACUUGUUUGUAUAACAGAUGUGGCUCAAAUGAUGUGUAUGUUUUAUAUUUAAAAAAAAGUUCAUUUUUAUUAUUUACAAAUAAAAAGAA